UUUUGGAACCUCCUCUCUGCGCAGUGUAUCGUGCGCAGUACUGUGAGAGGAGGGGAGAAAGGCAAGGAGGUUUUCGCGGCCUGCAGAGUUGGUUUUGUUUAGAAUUUAGCCUUAGCUACCUAAGUUAUCGCUUCCUUGUUAUCAAACGGAUGUUUUAUUUGGAUCUAACGUCAAUUUGAAGCUGCCGGCACUCUAAACGGUGCAUGAAGUUAUUGAUAAGCCACACCAGACUGAAAGGAAGUCAGAAAGAAGACCACCAGGAAGAGAACAGGAAGUAGUUUUUAGCAGGUGGCAAUGGCCUACACAAACUACAGCUCCCUGAAUAGGGCUCAGCUGACCUUCGAGUAUCUGCACACCAACUCGACGACCCACGAGUUCCUGUUUGGAGCACUCGCUGAGCUGGUGGACAACUCCAGAGAUGCAAAUGCCACCCGGAUUGAUAUCUACACAGAAAAGAGACAAGACUUGCGUGGAGGCUACAUGAUAUGUUUCUUAGAUGACGGCACAGGAAUGGACCCCAACGAGGCGACGCAUGUGAUUCAAUUUGGAAAGUCCAGUAAGCGUACACCAGAUUCCACUCACAUUGGCCAGUACGGGAAUGGACUGAAAUCGGGCUCCAUGCGUAUUGGGAAAGACUUCAUUUUGUUCACCAAGAAGGAAAACACUCUGUCCUGCCUGUUCCUGUCUAGAACGUUCCACGAGGAGGAGGGGCUUGACGAGGUGAUUGUGCCCCUGCCCACCUGGGACUUAUUGACCAAACAGCCAAUCACAGGGGACCCUGAGAAGUUCGCCAUAGAGACAGAGCUCAUCUACAAAUACUCCCCUUUCAAAAAUGAACAGCAGCUGAUGGAACAGUUCAGCAAGAUCGAGGGCAUUAGUGGUACUCUGGUGAUUGUCUAUAAUCUGAAAUUGAUGGACACCAGGGAACCGGAGCUGGAUGUGGAGACGGACCACCAGGACAUUCUGAUGGCUGGAACCCCUUCAGAGGGAGUGAAGCCAGAGCGACGGUCUUUCAGAGCGUAUGCGGCUGUCCUCUACAUUGACCCCCGGAUGAGGAUCUUCAUACAGGGUCACAAAGUCAGGACCAAGAGACUGUCCUGCUGCCUUUACAAACCCAGGGUAUAUAAAUAUACAUCCACUCGAUUCAAAACGCGUGCUGAGCAGGAAGUAAAAAAGGCUGAUCACCUCGCUAAGAUAGCGGAGGAGAAGGCUCGCGAGGCGGAGAGCAAAAGUCUGGCUCUUGAGGCUAAACUGGGAGAUGACCUCUCCAGAGAAUCACGAGUCAUGUUGCGUAAGGCUCAGGAAGGGGCCAUGAUGCUUCGCCGGGAAGCGGAUAUAAAGAAGAAAAUUCAGGAAUCCAAACAGAAAGCUUUGAAGGAGCCUAAGGAGUUGAGUUUUAUCUUUGGAGUGAACAUUGAACAGAGAGACUUGGAUGGGAUGUUUGUUUAUAACUGCUCGCGUCUGAUCAAAAUGUACGAGAAGACCGGACCUCAGCUAGAGGGGGGAAUGGCUUGUGGCGGUGUUGUGGGAGUAGUAGAUGUUCCAUACCUGGUUCUGGAACCCACUCACAACAAGCAGGACUUUGCAGACGCGAAAGAAUACAGGCACCUUCUGAGAGCCAUGGGGGAACACCUAGCCCAGUACUGGAAGGACAGCAACAUAGCUCAGAAGGGCAUAGUGAAGUUCUGGGAUGAGUUUGGCUACUUGUCUGCCAGUUGGUCCUCGCUCCCCUCGUCAGAGCAAAGAUACAAGAGACGUCGUGCCAUGGAGAUACCCCUAACAAUACAGUGUGAUAAAUGUCUGAAGUGGAGGACUCUGCCAUUCCAGAUGGAUGCUGUGGAUAAACGUUACCCAGACAGCUGGGUUUGUCUGAUGAACCCUGACAGCACUCAAGACCGGUGUGACGCAGCAGAACAGAAACAGAACCUUCCAUGUGGAGUUCUGAAGAAGGAUAGACAGACCGCGGAAGACAAGCAGAAAGAACUGACAGAGAAGAUUCGACAGCAACAAGAGAAACUAGAGGCUCUGCAGAAAACCAGCACAAUCAGAUCAGCAGCAGAUGUGAAGAAGUUACCUCUAGACGUCAGCAUGAGACAGAUUAAUGAGAGUUCUCAGGCUACCAGGUCGUCAGAGCGUGUGUCACGCCCUCGCUCCCCACCUCUCCCCGCCCUCCUGAAGAACGCUCCCAGCCAACCCCCUGCCCUCAACCGCAAACCCACCAAUUCACCUCGACCGACCUCCCGGCCUGCAGCCGCUCCCCAAGCCCCCAGAGUUGACCAAUCUAGAGCCAGGGCUGCAGCCAAACCGGCCCCCCCUCCCCCAAAGCCCUCGCCGAAGGCCCCAGCAAAAGUCCCUGCCAAACCUACCCCUCCAAGCCGUAGCUCACGAACUCCAGCCAAAACGUCUCCGACCAAAGGAACCACACCUGCUAGCAGCCAGCGCAAAAGAGUGAUAGAGCAGGAGGAGAGUGAGGAGGAGGAGGAGGAGGAAGAAGAGGAGGAAGAAGAAAAGGAAGAUGAGGAUGAAAGUGAAGAGGAGGAGGAGCCUCAGCCCAAGAAAUCCAAGAUGGCCACUGCAGUGGGAAAUCGUGGCAAAGCUGCUGAGAAAGCUCCCCCAAAACGGGGAAAGGUGACAGAGGUCCCCACCCCCCCACCCAGCAACAAACCCUCGCCACCUGAGAAGAGGAGCACUACAACCCUGGCCAAACCCAUCACCACCACCCCUAAGCCCCCCGCUGGGACAAAAGUCAAGGUGACAGACAGCGCAGAGGAUGAGGAGCCAGAGAAUGAACAGAAGAGUGCUCAGAAAGAUAAGGGCCUUUUGGUGGAGGUGCGUGUGAAUAAGGAAUGGUUCACGGGCAAAGUGGUUGCUGUGGAGAGCAAUAAGCAGAGCAUUCGCUGGAAGGUGAAGUUUGACUACGUGCCCAGAUCCACCCCUAAGGACCGAUGGGUUUUCAAAGGCAGUGAGGAGGUGAGGUUGAUGCGACCCCCCUCUCCCCUUUCCCAAACCCCUGACACACAGCAAGGGGAGGGGACUGAGAAAGGGCCCGCACCCAUGGAACCCGACACAACCCAGCCAGGAACCAGUCGAGAGGUGACUGAAAACCUGGUCAUAAUGAUGAGGACACUGCUCCGUUAUUUCUUUCCUCCUGACUUCCGGAUCCCAAAGGACGAUGUCAACAGCAUGACUGCAGAGGAGCUGGUGGCCUUCCCUAUGAAGGAAUAUUUCCAACAGUAUGAGCUGGGUCUCCAGUCUCUGUGUAACUCCUACCAGAGCAGAGCCGAUGCCAGAGCCAAAGCUGUGGAGGAGAAGAGCAGCAGCGCUGAGACCAAACUCAGGGAAGCAGAUGAAAAACUACAGAAACUACGAACCAACAUUGUACAACUGCUGCAGAAAGUACAGGAGGACAUUGACAUAAACACAGAUGAUGAACUGGAUGCCUACAUAGAAGACCUUCUGACCAAGGGGGACUAGAGCAAAGGGGAGACUGACGUGAUAUCCUCCAGGAGCUGAGUUACAGACUGCGCCUCCCCGUCUGGUUCUCAGAACUUUGGUCUGUCCGUCCCUCCCAAUGUACUGUAGCUCUGUAACUCCCCUACAGACAUCCUUUACCCAUAACCCCCUCUACGAGGCCUGCCCGCCCCACUCUACAAAGUAUGCUCUGUCUUCUGUUAGAUCUGCAGAUGGAGGGGAGGAGAAGCAGAUGCUGCCUGACCUGCUGCUGUUUGGUCUCUUCAGUUUGUUUUUAUAAAACUGCAGUAUGUUUUUCUCUUUCUGUUCCUUUAGUUAGUAUUAGCAUGCGCUGUGUUUGGGUGGUUCAAUCUAAGAUUAGCAUGUAAUGGACAUCUCUUUUUAGUCCUUUUUUUUUUAUUAACAAUGUAUGUUAUAUACAAGCUAUGUUAAGAUACUUUGUUAAACCAACCAAUUCUGAUUUGCUGUAGAACUGAACGGUCCUCAAUCUGUUGUUGAGAAUUAGAUUCUGCUCAGUUGAUGUGUUCUGAACAUGCGCCCCUUGCACAUGGUGUGUGUGUGUGUAUAUAUAUGUAUACACACACACACACACACACACACACUAGUCUAAGUAUUCCACCAAGUGUCACUGCUUUCCAGGUUCCUGUGAUGUAGACAACAGGGAACUGACUUUGGAAGAGGGUUUCUGAUAGUUAACUAAACCAUGGAGCAGUGGAGAUUCAUAAGCAAUUUCCCGAUUGAUCUGUGAUCAGGUGGAGAUUUGUUAACUAUAAACCAACUAUAAACUAAUCUGAUAUGUUUUGACCCGUAACUGCUUUACCGCCACAAAUAACACUCAGAUGCGAAUGCAGCAUCAUUGAAUCCUAGAUUUGAUGACGUCUGUCAUCAAGGUAGUAUAGUGUUUUCUACCCUGUUAAAACAAACUAGCUGCCCAGUGAAAAUCUCACUUUAUGUUCAUAUUCUGUACACUCUAACCCAAAUAAUGUUCCCUUGCCCUAUGUGUAGCCCAAAACCCUUCAAACACAUCAUCUUGGGUUUGAGCUAGCCAAUCAGCAGUCUACUCAUUUUAUAUGUUGUAUAACUUGUAUAUGCCCACACUAUUCAUUCCCACACAGAUAUUUCUUUUAAAUACAUUUUUGUGUAAGGACAACUAUUUCACAUAAGUCAUUAUAGGUAAUAAAAAAUGUUAAAACACUGGGCAGUUAAGUUUAAACCAUAAUGUCAGUGUUGGAAGAAGAAAAAAAAUCAGUGUUUCAACAGUGUUUUAACUUCUCUCACCCUACCCUCUUGUCUCUCACCAUGCACCCCAUCUCCUGCCUCUUCCACCCUACCCUCUUGUCUCUCACCAUGCACCCCAUCUCCUGCCUCUUCCACUCUACCCUCUUGUCUCUCACCAUGCACCCCAUCUCCUGCCUCUUCCACUCUACCCUCUUGUCUCUCACCAUGCACCCCAUCUCCUGCCUCUUCCACCCUACCCUCUUGUCCCUCACCAUGCACCCCAUCUCCUGCCUCUUCCACUCAACCCUCUUGUCUCUCACCAUGCACCCCAUCUCCUGCCUCUUCCACUCUACCCUCUUGUCUCUCACCAUGCACCCCAUCUCCUGCCUCUUCCACCCUACCCUCUUGUCCCUCACCACGCACCCCAUCUCCUGCCUCUUCCACUCUACCCUCGGAGAGAUUGCAUUCAUUAUAAACAAGAAAAAGUGCUUCAUCAAAAACAGACGCACAUCCAAAUCCAUUAAAAUGCCAGAUGACAUGUUGGCUACCAUCAGGUUGGUUUAGCUUUUUCUACUCUGUGUUAAAGCAUUAAACUACUGUUGUCUGACCCGUUCAGCCCUCUCUGCUGCACGCUUCUGUCUCCCACACCUUUCGGUUUCUGACGGUGUAGUGAUCAGGUUUACCAGCCAGGCUAUUGAGGGUUUUUUGUCCUCCAUCACCAUUGAGACUGAAGUUUUUACUGGGUUUUAUCAGUACGACUUGUUGACGUCUCCUAACUACAGCUGAGUUAUGUCCCCAUUGUUUCUCUUGCCAUUGUGAGCUACAACUGUUCACUGUUUUAAUUUUGUUCUCGAAGGUGAUUUUCUGGAUUCUGAGUUAGUUAUCCAAACCUCUUUGUUCAUAUUAUUCAGUUGUCCAUCUUCUAAUUGAGUAUUUUUAACAUGUCAAGUAAAUGUUUUAUUAAAAGGUGGACGUUG